AUGACAUCAGAACAAUUCGGAAGCACGCUUCCCUGGGCUGAGCCAGCCUGGUACACCGGCCGACCAAGCCCUUACUACAAAGAGUCGCAUCGCCAUUUACGCAAGACCGUCCGGGAAUGGGUCGAAACUAACGUCGUGCCACACGUGGAGUCAUGGGACGCUGCCGGUGAAGUCCCAAAGAGCGUCUACGCCCAAUGUGCCCGAGACGGCCUCCUGGCCCCUGCCGCGGCCGGUCGAGAGAUACCUGAAGAUUGGCGGAGCUACCCCAUCAUUGGCGGCAUCAAGCCCGAGGAGUGGGAUGGAUUCCAUGAUCUGGUGUUCUGGGAUGAGCUGUACCGAGGCGGCGCCAUUAGUUCGAUAUUUGUUGGUCUUACCGUUGGCGCGCCGCCUUUGAGGCUGUAUGGUAGCCCGUUCCUCAAGGAGAAGAUCCUGCCGGAUAUCCUCAAUGGGAAGACACGAAUCUGUCUUGCGAUUACGGAGCCCGCUGCGGGGAGUGAUGUGAGAAAUCUGACUACCACGGCAGAGAAGACGCCGGAUGGGAAGCACUAUAUUGUUAACGGCGAGAAGAAGUGGAUCACGAACGGUAUUUUCUCUGACUUCUUCAUGGCUGCUGUACGAACCGGCGGCGCUGGCGCUGAAGGGAUUUCGUUCCUCUUGAUUCCGCGCCACUCUGAGGGAGUGAAGUGCCGCAAAAUCGAGAUAGGAGCUGGACGACUCAGCGCAACUACGUACAUCACCUUCGAGGACGUCAAAGUCGACGCUUCGUACCUCGUAGGCAAGGAGAACGGUGGCUUUGGAUUGAUCAUGGGUAACUUCAAUCACGAGCGCAUCUGGAUCGCCUUUCAAGCGCUGCGAGGCGCACGAUUGUGUCUUGAGGACACUUGGGCGUGGGCGAUGAAGCGAGAAGUGUUUGGUAAGCCGUUGAUUGAGCAGCCUGUGGUGCGGCACAAGUUUGGGUUGAUGGGUAAGAAGGUCGAGGAAUUGCAUGCUUGGAUUGAGCAGCUUGUAUACGAGCUCGACCAUAUGAGCCACGAAGAAGGCAACAAGAGGCUCGGCGGUACCACUGCGUUGCUCAAAGUGGAAGCUGGCAUGACCGGCAAAUAUGUCGCGGACGAGUGCGUCAAGAUCUUCGGAGGGCUGGGGCUCACCAAGACGGGACAAGGUGCCCGUGUAGAGGCGAUCUCGAGAGGGGUCAUAGGGCUGAUUGUUCCAGGUGGCUCGGAAGAUGUCAUGAUUGAUCUGGGCGUUAGAGAAGCCCUGAAGCAGAGCAAGACAAUGUCGAAGGCCAAGGCGUCGAGACUUUAG